AUGAAUGAGAUUGACCACAUCCACAGAAACAGCCAAGCUCAAUCGAGAGGCUCGAGAAUCCCACCAGACAGGACACUUUGGAAGCCCCCUCUCGGACCGACAAAAAAUGUCUGGACGACCAGAUGGGUGAAUGUCUCUCUGCCGAUUCAUGCAAAGUUCUUUGAACGAGGGGAUCAUCUGACGAGGCUUGACGCCACUUCAACGGGCCAGGACCAGCUAACUUUUUGGGGAAAUAUUCGGGAUGAGUUUGUCAAAUGGAUUCAAUAUUUCUUCACGGUUCAAUUGUCACACAAAGCCGCCUCAACAAGUACGCCACCGAUUGAGGACAAUGCACAUCACCCAUCAGAUCCCAUUAGCCUUUCCCUGGGUCAGAUGCCUGCGGUGGUUAUAUUGCCAGCAUCAAUUCAAUUGCUAAUUGACGUCUGGCCGCGCGUGCUCUCCAUUACCCAACUAAUCAACUAA